AUGUGCCAUGAUGAUUCUGUGAAGAAGCUAUACAGGAGAACGCAAAAGAAAGAACCUCUGAUUACUACUCCGAUUCCAGAACGUCCAUGGCAACGUAUAUCGAUGGAUAUUUGUGAUUUCCAGAACAAUCAUUAUCUUAUAGUAUCUGACUUCUUUUCAAGGUACAUUGAAAUGAUCAAUCUACAAAAAGACAUGACAAGCCAGAAGGUCAUCACGGCACUGAAAGGAAUAUAUGCCUGUUGGGGAAUCCCAGAGACUGUGGUUUCAGACAACAGACCACAGUUUGCAUCCCGUCAAUUCACAUUGUUUGCCUCAGAGUAUGGAUUUCAACAUGUAACGACAAGUCCACACUAUCCUCAAGGAAACGGUGAAGCAGAGCGUGCUGUCCAAACAGCGAAAACUAUGUUACGCCAAAAUGAUCCUGUACUAGCACUGAUGAUAUAUAGGUCAACACCAAUCGAAGCAACAGGAUACAGCCCAGCACAAAUGAUAAUGGGACGUCAACCAAGAACAACAUUGCCGACACUUGCAAAGAAAUUGCAACCAAAAUGGCUGGAUAUGCAUAAAGUGAAAGACAACGACACUGUAGCAAAGAAGAGAUAUGAACACUUCUUCAAUCAGGGACAUGGAGUUAAAACCUUGUCCAAUCUGAAACCAGAAGACACAGUGCGCAUUAAAACUAGUCACGACAAAGUCUGA